UUUUGAGUUUAAGACGAAAGCGCAAUGAAGUUUUUAUUUGAAAUACUAAGACUAUUUAUUAGAAAGCUUUCUUCGGGUGGAACUCUCAGAGCUUGGAUACUUUCAGCUCUCAUGGUACACGGAGCAGUAGCUGGAAAUCCGGACGCAAAACGAUUAUAUGAUGAUCUAUUAAGCAACUACAACAAAUUAGUUCGACCUGUUGUUAAUACUACAGAUGUUUUAAAAGUUUGCAUUAAAUUAAAACUUUCACAGCUUAUAGAUGUGAACCUAAAAAAUCAAAUAAUGACCACCAAUCUUUGGGUUGAGCAGUCAUGGUAUGAUUACAAACUGCGAUGGGAACCAAAAGAAUAUGGUGGAGUUCAUAUGCUGCAUGUUCCUUCAGAUCAUAUAUGGAGACCGGAUAUUGUUCUUUAUAAUAAUGCUGAUGGUAACUUCGAAGUGACUCUUGCAACAAAAGCCACAAUUUACUCAGAAGGAUUAGUUGAAUGGAAGCCACCAGCAAUAUACAAAUCAUCCUGUGAAAUAGAUGUAGAAUAUUUCCCAUUUGAUGAACAGACCUGUGUUCUAAAAUUUGGCAGUUGGACUUAUGAUGGGUUUAAGGUUGAUUUGAGGCAUAUGGAUGAACAACAGGGCAGCAACGUUGUUGCUGUGGGUGUGGACUUAUCUGAAUUUUAUAUGUCUGUGGAAUGGGACAUUCUCGAAGUUCCAGCUGUAAGGAAUGAAAAGUUUUAUACUUGUUGCGACGAACCAUAUUUGGACAUCACAUUUAAUAUAACAAUGAGAAGGAAGACGCUUUUUUAUACUGUUAAUAUAAUAAUACCGUGCAUGGGAAUAUCCUUUUUAACUGUAUUGACAUUUUAUCUUCCAUCGGAUAGUGGAGAGAAGGUUACUCUAUCUAUUUCCAUUCUUAUUAGUCUUCACGUGUUCUUUCUUUUGGUGGUUGAAAUUAUACCGCCGACGUCAUUGGUUGUUCCGUUGCUGGGAAAAUACCUUAUAUUUGCAAUGAUACUUGUGUCUAUCAGUAUCUGCGUGACGGUUGUCGUUUUGAACGUUCAUUUUCGUUCACCUCAAACUCAUAAAAUGGCACCCUGGGUUAAGCGCGUCUUUAUUGACUUUUUGCCAGCGUUUUUAUUCAUUAAAAGGCCGACGUACAACUUCGAAACAAGUAAAUUACUUUUAAAGGACACACAUGCUUGCUUUUACCCUUAUUAUUCUGCGACGAAUAUUGAUCGACUCGUGUCGUCAGGAUACAACAAUAGUCUGCCAAAGGAAGAGUUAUCGCAAAGCAUUACGGCAAGUGGACCAUUUGGAGGAAGCUGUCAGGUUCAUGGUCCAGUUCCGCCACUCACGCAUUGUAGUUCAGACGAAAUAGCUGCCGUCCCCGAUAUGGAUAUAGGAUCUUUUGGGAUGAAAAGUCCCAUUUUAAACAAUCCAGCAUUUUCCCAUUCCAAAUGCCUUCCAAAAAUUCACAAAAGCUGUUUUUGUGUGCGCUUUAUAGCAGAGCAUACAAAAAUGCAAGAGGACUCAACUAAAGUUAAAGAGGAUUGGAAAUACGUUGCUAUGGUGCUGGAUAGACUUUUUCUGUGGAUAUUUACGUUGGCAGUUGUAGUUGGGACCGCUGGAAUAAUUUUACAAGCUCCAACGUUAUAUGACGACCGCAUUCCAAUUAUUGAGCAAAAGGACUUGGAUUUCUCGGGAACAUCAGCCGGACGCUGUAGACCUCCUCAAUAACAUUAUUAUAUUGGCGGAAUUUAAUUUAAAACGGAGGGUUAUCAGAUUAGUACUAUAAUAUUAUUUUUACUAAUAUUUUCUGCAGGAAAACAUGUUAAAAAUCAUAAAUGUAUUGAAGGCUUCAAGAAACAA